CUGCCAGCGUGCGAUGGAGUUCAGUUUGUUUCCAACUUUCACCGCGCUUGGAUCGAACUUUGGUGAGCGUGCUGUGCCAGUUGUGUGUGUCAGUCAGUCUCCCUGCUCGGUCAAUUUCGUACGUUUCGUUCGCGAUGCCCUGACCAUACUCAAAACACGGUACGCCGCCCACAGAAACAUUUACUUGGCUUGCGGGCACUACUACCAGAAAGGAUUAGCAGACCUAGGAUUACAAGCCGUUGCAGCAAGCCAGUGCAAACCAAAAAAAAAAAAUACCGAAACUAGUGAGAGUGCUUUUGAAAUACGCUCCCCGUGCCCUGUUGAGCCGACUAAUACAAGAAUAAUUGUUCUACCGGUGGAAAACGUGACACGAGCCGCAAGUGUAGCAGGUGUCAAAAAGUGGUGCUAUCGUGCGAUUUAAAAAUACCCAAAUGAAUCAAUUAAGGGGUAGAUUUUUUGUCUCUUCCAACAAUAACGGUUGAGUGAUUCAAAUUGCCUCUAAAAGUCGAAUGAUGAAAGUGCUCUCCUGCCAGUGGCAAAGUGCUCCGCGUAGUGUGCAUCAGUGUGCAGGUUACUAAGAAUUUGUCGAUUGUGUGAGCGGUAAUCGCCGGAGCGAUGCCUAACGGGCUCCCUUUGCACUCUGCGUGCAGGAAGUGAAUCUUCAACCCCGGUGCGGAAACUUUUAGCCAGCAAGCGUUCGACCCUCUCGUAAAACGCUCGCCGCCGCGGUAGGAUAGAAAGUGUGGCAGAACGGGCCACACGUAUCCUAGGGUGGAUCCGGGGUCUUAUGUUUUCCACAGCAACGCUAAACUACAGGAACGUGCUCAUGCUAGUUUGGGUAAUGGAAUGCAACGGCCGUAUUUAAAGUUCGAGAUGAGUUAGUUUUGCUGGCCACCGCUCCAUUGCAGAGAUACCGUGGUACCUGCGCCCUUCAAACCGGGCUGCAGCAUGCGUACCUGAGGCAGUUUUAGCAAACGGUUCCCGCCACUGUCCGUUGCAAAGCGAACCUGUUCUGAGACAGCAUCACCCGCGGCAGAAGUUCCGAAUGUGUCGGUAGUUUGGUGGCGAGCUUUGCAAACCAACCAGUUUGCACCGGUAAUCUUCCGCACAUGACAUGACUUGUACAUGCUUCCCCGCAAUCCAGCAAAAAACAGCAAACCGGACAAGACGCACACAAUGAAGCGACGGAGUGAAGUUUAACUAGAAACUUAAAACGGAGAGAGGGGAAAAAAACGAAACGCCCUCGUGUUUUGGGUGGAAAAUCACCGUGACGACCCCUCAUUUGCACGCACCCAAAGUGCGCUCGGGGAAGGGCGGGCAGGGUUAAGCAUCGUCCAACAGACCGGCCGCGGGCUCGCGGGCACUCGGGAACAAACACACCGAACACCUCACCUCUACUGCACGACCCCCUAAAUGUGCGGACAAACGUGACGUAUGGCUAUGUACUACUAUGCUAGCAAGCUAUCAGCAGUCGCAUGCGGUACCCGCUGCCGGCAGGGAUUAGCACGCCGCCAGCGGACCAAUCGCACCAACCGGCAGGGCGGCAAGAAGGACGACGAUGAAGACUCCGACGAUAAUAGCAAAGAUAAAAAGGCGCUGUCGAGCUUCUUCUGCGAAAGCACCAACGAUACUAUUGUGAUAUCGGUGAAGUCGUCCGAGCAACCGGAAGUGUGCUGCGAAAGUACACCAACGCUUGCGCAGCAGCACGGCCAGGGCAGUCUCGGCACGGGCGGGGUGAUGUACGGUAAUGGAACCAUUGUUUCCGGUCCGCUGGAAUCGCUAAUAGAUUUACUGAUGCCCGGCAACGUGGAAGAAUUCGAUCAGGAGUACGUCUUUUCGUUCCUGCUGUCGGCCAGAUUUUUCAUCCGCUCGUUCGAGCUGCUCGGAAAGCUGCUGGAAUCGAUACCGGAGCCGGAACCGCUCGAGCGCAUAGUGCCGCUGCUCGGCGUCUGGACGCGCAUGUUCCCGUACGACUUUCGCGACGAGCGCAUGAUGAAUCACGUCAAACAUAUCGUAGCUAGAUGUGCGGACACCAAGCUUGCCAACGUGGUGCCCCAACUACUGUGUGCCUUGCUGGCUCGACUUACCGAGCUGGAAAACCACGAGGAAGAGCUCAGAAGCUAUCAAUCAACUGCAGACAAUAAGACUGAAUCGAUCAGCUGGCCGACAGCCACGCAGCUCGCCCAGCUGCUGUGCCGCAUCGAGCGCAAGCUCGCGAAACACGUCGGCCCGGAGGAAUUUGUGCAGUGCAGCCCCAACCUGCUGAAGGACCCGAACCGGGAGGACUUUACACCGAAACCGAUGUCGGCGGGUCCAUCCGGCGGUGGUGGUGGUAGUGGUGGUGGAGGAAGUUCCGGUGCGGGCGGACACGCAACCUCGCUCGAUGGCAAGAAGACCUGCAAUCUGGAAAGCUACCUGGAAUGGUCCGCCCGGUUGCGGUUGCUGGUGGCGAACGAGAUACUGAAGUGUCGAAAUAUUCAAGAUCGCAACAAACAGUUCGAGCUGUGGAGUGGCGCUGCCCAGUACUGUCUGCUCGUCGGGAACUACAAUAGCGCAACUGCGAUUCUGGAAUCGUUUGAUCUGCCACCGGUCGCUCGGCUGCAAGUUACGUGGAGCAAGCUGUCAUCGACAACGAGCCAACAGCUAAACUGUAUGCAGCGGCACGCCGAGGGUUGCGGUAGCCUCUGGAGCAAACAAACGGAACAGCACGGCAAUGGUAGCAGUUGCGGCGAUGGGCGCCGAUCCAUUCUGCAGCCAUCGUUAGCAGCAGGAUCCUCCAAACCAUCCACAGCGGGCAGCUCGGCAGCGGCCGCAACCGGAAGCGGUGGCGUAACCAGAUCAAGCUCGAACGAAUGGGUCGUGAUUCCGGUUUUUGUCGACAUCAUCAAGCUCGCACUGAAGGCACGGGAAGAUUGCUGCGUAAGGCUUCCGAAUGGACACAUAAACAUGACAGCGUUCGAUCGAUUGGCGGCCAUCGUCGGAGCAUUUACCAAGCACAUGAUCCAGGUCAAUCAAACGCUACCGGACGUCGGACAGUACGCGACACUCUGUCAGUUCAUGCAGAGCUGUAAGCUCCUCAACGAAACAGAGCUUAUGCUGGCAUCGUUCGAAUGUGAAGCACCGACGCCAGCCGAGAAGGAAUUGUACGACGUUGCAUAGCAUUUGCUUGUGGUGGUGCUGCUCCCGCUGCUGCUCUUCUGCCAGCCCUCGAUGGAAGCCCGCACGUUCCAGCUAUUUCCCAAGGACAAGGAACUCCUACUGCUCCCGGUGCUUCUAUUGCUGCCGCCGCCGCCGCCGUCUGCCCUGCAUCACUGCAGCGAAUAUGAUUGUUGCACCGGAAAAAGCCAUUCUCUGCAAGUGGAUUGCAAUUCGAUUGGCAAUCGGGACGGAUAUCGGGUGCAUCAACGCGGCUGCACAACUGCAUCGAAUGCUCACUUCCGCCGACUGCUGGUGUCCUAGCUGGACCGUCGUCAUCAUCAUCGCCGGUGCGUUCCAAACGGGCCGGGGAGGAGGGCAAUCCAUACAUCAUUGAGGUUUAUUAGGGUUUCGGAGUUUUUCUUUAUUUUCCUUCGUCUUCUUUUUGCUCGCACCGGACACUGCGAGCUGUGCGAAACAAAGGGAAAUAAAAUUUUAUUUCCAAUUACCCAUAAAACAAAAUCUUUCUUCAUCGAAGCAGAGGAACAAAAACCUGGAUAGAAACAAGCGUACACACACACACACAGCAUAGUAGAGUCUGUGUCUGUGCCUGGCAGUAUGUCUGUAGGGUAUAAAAAUUGUAAAAAAUAGCUAACGAUAAGAAGGUGUGUGGAGCAGGUUGGGGGGGGGGGGGG